ACACAAUUCUAGUUCGGCUAGUGGUGACUCAUGGCACUCCGCGCCAAUUGCAUCCAGCUGUGUAGAUGCAUGGGAAUGAUAGUAAAAACCAAAUCGUUUAGUCAGUUCGCUAAACAUGUUUAAAUAAUGUCGUGUAUAUAUCCAUGUUCGAUUCCAUUGUAUUUCUUAAAGGCCCCAUUAUGUUCCAUGUUUGUGAGACACCAACGGGCAGUUAUAGGCCUGUGUGGAAGGUGCCACAAGACUUGUCUUUAGGUUAAGAGGGUAGUCGUGAGUUUUAAGUUAGCACUGAGGCUCAGGACAGAUGUAGAUUUGGGCCUAAUCGAUUUCACUUCGGACUGUGUACUGCACAAAAUAACGGCGGUGUUUGAGCUUAGUGGCUAACACCUGACAUCCCUGAGCAGAAACUGUUCAUGCAGGCUGUGUGUCGUCAGUUGAGCUUAGCAACCGCCUAGGUCUACAUCUCACGCAAGCUAUUAGUGUGAGGUUAAGAGAUAAUUGGAGAUAAAGAGAAAAGUGAGAGCCAGCAGGAGAGAUAAGACUAAAGCCAAACUGACUGGCCAGCCGUGUAGGCUUUGAAUAUGCACUGUGCAUGUGCGACCCAGAACGGUGUCACUCCUAAAUGUUUCGAAUUAUGCUGGGGUUUAUUAUUAUUUUUGAAACAUUCUGAUAUCAGUAUUGGUAGCCUAUUAACUAGUAGCCUACUUGUGCUAGUUACUUCUGUAGAUUAACCGGUGCUGUCUGCAUAGAAUAAGAAAGUUUCAAAGCACUUGAUAAGAUAUCGGUGGUUUGUUUCUGGUCGCGUUUCCAAGCGAUGGUGACAAGUGAAGCCUCAUUUCGUUAUUGUGGAGGCCAUCCCAGCGUUUGGAGCGUCGCGGGUUGAGAAUGCAAGUCUGGAUGUAGCUGAUUGGAGUAGCGGAGUUGGUGAUCACAGCGCGGUGGGGGAGGAGGGAGAUUCUGAAGUGGGGCUUUCUGUGUAUCACUCUCCAGCGGCCAUGUUAGCCAAGAAGCCCUGCGCUGCUGUCUACCCAACUGGCAAAGGGGGUGAGAUCUGCCAGUUACAGUCUUCCCCCGGAAUCGGUGUCGGGGGUCUCCGGGCCGGAGCUGCAAUAGACCCGCCAUCGCCCGUCACACUACCGCCCCUCAGGAAUUUCAACUCGCUCACGGUGGGAGGCAACAAACACACCAUGAAUGACCACACACACGUGGGGAGUCACCCGCAGAUCCACGUCCAGCAACUCUUUGAGGAGAACUGCAACAAACGGACCGUGUUGACCGCACAGUCCAACGGGUUGACACCCGGGGGCCGGCCCGGGCUACCAUUACCGGAACGACAGCAGCCUGACACCACCGCCACGGCCCAGUGCCGGCAGGGCAGCUCGGCGUCACUCAAGUCCACUGACAGCAAGCCCAAGCCGGCCCCAAUGACACCGGAACAGGCCAUGAAGCAGUUCAUGGCAAAGCUGACAGCCUUCGAGCACCACGAGAUUUUCAGCUACCCAGAGAUCUACUUCACGGGCCCCAACGCCAAGAAGAGGCCGGGGGUGAUCGGGGGUUCUAAUAAUGGAGGUUACGAUGACGACCAGGGUUCCUACAUCCACGUUCCCCACGACCACAUCUCCUACCGCUAUGAAGUGCUCAAGGUGAUCGGUAAGGGCAGCUUUGGCCAGGUGGUGAAGGCCUAUGACCACAAGGCCCACUGCCACGUGGCACUGAAGAUGGUGAGGAACGAGAAGAGGUUCCACCGCCAGGCGGCUGAGGAGAUCCGGAUAUUGGAGCACCUGAGGAAGCAGGACAAGGACUCGACAAUGAACGUGAUCCACAUGCUGGAGAACUUCACAUUCCGUAACCACAUCUGUAUGACCUUUGAGCUCCUCAGCAUGAACCUCUAUGAGCUAAUAAAAAAAAAUAAGUUCCAGGGCUUCAGCUUGCCGCUAGUAAGGAAGUUCGCUCACUCGAUCCUGCAGUGUCUGGACUCGCUGCACAAAAACCGGAUCAUCCAUUGCGACCUGAAGCCGGAGAAUAUCUUGCUGAAGCAGCAGGGACGCAGCGGCAUCAAGGUCAUUGACUUCGGCUCCAGCUGCUACGAGCACCAGCGGGUGUACACCUACAUACAGUCUCGUUUCUACAGAGCACCCGAGGUGAUCCUGGGCUCGCGCUACGGGAUGCCUAUCGACAUGUGGAGCCUGGGUUGUAUCUUAGCAGAGUUACUCACAGGGUACCCUCUCUUGCCAGGCGAGGAUGAAGGGGACCAGCUGGCCUGCGUCAUCGAACUUUUGGGUAUGCCCUCGCAGAAGCUCCUGGACUCUUCCAAGAGAGCCAAAAACUUUGUGAGCUCCAAGGGGUACCCCCGGUACUGCACGGUGACCACCCUGCCGGACGGCUCAACGGUGCUGAACGGGGGUCGCUCCCGCCGGGGAAAGUUGAGGGGACCUCCGGGAAGCAAGGAGUGGGCGACGGCCCUGAAGGGCUGCGACGACCCCCUGUUCCUGGACUUCCUCAAGCAGUGUCUGGAAUGGGACCCGGUCCUGCGCAUGACGCCCAGCCAGGCCCUCAGACACCCCUGGCUCAGGAGGCGCUUGCCCAAACCUCCUACGGGGGACAAAACUCUGGUGAAGCGAAUCACGGACGGGGGCUCCGGUGCUAUCACGUCAAUCUCGAAAUUACCUCCCACCUCAGGCUCCGCUACCAAGAUAAGGACUAACGUGGCACAAAUGACGGACGCUAACGGGAAUAUCCAACAGAGGACAGUCUUGCCAAAACUAGUCAGUUGAACAAACUCCAAAGGCAGCUAGUUCGCUGUCUAUUGUAGGUUAUUUAUUGUUUUUGUUUGUGUUCUAUAUGGAGAGAUGAUUAUGUCUAUCUCUGAGAUCAUCAAAAACGGGGCUGGGAAGCCAAGCAGUUCUACUCACAGUGUGAAGAAGGGUUUAGAUGUUAGACAUGGCAUCUUUUAUGCAUUCAUCACUAUUCACUACGUCAUUUUUUAAUCACCUUUGUAGCACCUUUUAUCUUAAUAUUAACAAGACAAAAACAUGGACAAACUGCGAUUACGAAGGGAACAAUGCUUUUAGGUUUUUAACUCAGAACAACCUGCGCUUCGACAACCUGGCUUUGCACUGCACAAGUCCCAGGCAGAGGUCGAGAAUGUGUGCUUGGCAGUGUAGAAUUCCAAAAUGGGUGGCUGGCCACAAGGCAGACAUGCUGGUAAUCAGAUAUUCUGAUGCUUUUUUUUUUUAUCUGAUUGACGAAAAUAGCUUUGAGAGCUUUCAGAACCGAAGACACUAGUACUGAAGUGGUUUAGCUCUAACGCUUGGCUCCGAGGCAUGAAACCAGGAGGAUAGAGGAAGUUUUAAGACCGUUAACCGUUUAAGACAGAGGUGGUCGGGGGGAAACAUUGUUUACAUGACAGACUAUGGUACGUGCCUAUAAUUCUCUUGACAUUCCUUAAACAGAAGAACAGAAAGGAGGAAUACAUAAGGAGGACAGGUGUACCAGGUUUUACCUGCACCAGAAACCAGGGAGUGAGUUUGUCACCCGACAGACUUUGAGGUAGUAGUUAUACCGUGAUAUUCCUUGGUACCGGUGCGGUAAAUAUCCUCCUCACAGCAAAACAAUGGUGCUUCAAACCUUUUCCUGAAAUGUAUGUUUUGUUUGAAAAUGGAAAGGCAAGAGGCUUUUGGAGUAGAAAUAAUUUGUUUUGGUUUUUUGGAUGUUUGGUAGCUGAAUGCACUGAUGCAAAGUAGGGGUGAGGUGAAGUGGAUUUGGAUAUGAUGAUCCGUCAGAGAGAAAAAGGAGCUUGACUUAGGUCAUGUGCUUACUAUAUAAGCAUGACUGAAUAUACUUGAAUUUCAGAAGGUGUUCUUCAGACCCCGGUCUGUCUCUGUAAUAAGCCAGGUUUCAGUGAAUGAUAGAAUUACAAGAUACUAUGAAGCAUUAUAAGAUGAUGUUAUAAAGCAUCCUUCAAUGCAUUCUGGUGGUUUAGGACUUGAUUCUCACCAUGAGGUUGAUAUGUAGCUUUUUAAAUCACUUUAUACAAUGUUGCAAGUGUAGAUUAGGCUUUUUUCUUAAUUUUUCUGAAACCUUUUCAAAAGGUUAAAUAAGGGGUGCUUAUAUUUGUCCUGUUCCACACACACAUAAAAGUGUGAUGGUGGGAAAUGUGUUUUUUGCAUAUUCCAGCUCCCCCAAAGACACUCUUGUGUGGCAUCAGGCCCACUGAUCAGACUCUGCUGACAAACACCCUUUCAGUAGUGGGCCAGAAACGCUCUGUCUCUGGCUAGAGUGUAAAUUCCUAAAAAUGUUGUUCCCUUGCACAGUUAAAAAAAAAAAAAGAAGUGUUCAAGCUUGUCAAGCUUAUGUAAAAUUCUACUUUUGGAACCAAGUCUCCAUGUAACAUUUCCCAAAAUGUUUCGACCCCAUGAUUUUCCAAAGCAUUUGACAAACUUUUUGGUUGUUGAUGAAAACAAUAAUCACACCGAGGUAGUUUUGUAAAAGUUAUUACUAAAAGUUGUUACCUAUUUAUUUCAUAGAAAAAUAUUUUCAAAGAAAAUAGUUAAUAUAAAAUACAAUUAAAAGGAGGGCUAAAUAGAACAGAGUGUUGUGCUGUUGGCUCGUCGCUUGGUAAUCAUGGAAUGACUUAUGAUAUGUAUCAUGUACUAAUGCACAAGAACACUAUCUUAUUGGAUCCUGUUGGACUGCCAUCACAGGGACGCUCCGAGUCUCCAGAACACAGACGAGUGUCCCAGUCUCUGAAAGGAGCUUACUACUAUUACUACUACUGCUACUCUGCAGAUGAACAGGUGUGGCUCGUUUGGAGGAUAUCGGAUCAGAGGUCAAGGGUUGGAGGUCUGACUAGGGGCAGGCUUUCAGGCAGUGGCCUCGCUGCUGAUUGAGAGCCAGCUAGGCCAUUACUGCACACUGCUCAGUAGCCAUGCCCCUUUGGAACCCACUUGCCCCGUGCUGAUUGGACAGACGAGGGGCAGAGCAGAACGUGAGGGGGGUGGGUG